AUGAAGGCUGGGCUUGGUGGUACCGGUAUUCUGUUUUCAGACCUGCUGGCUCCUUGCCCUCCAGACGGUGAUGUCGGCGACAGAGAUCAUGGACAGCGGCGGUGCAUGGUACUCGUUGUGGCGGAAGUCAAGCCCUGUGACUCAGAGGUACAGGCCAAAGGCGUAGACCGACCCCCCCUCGCUGUCCUGCGUAUCCCUCUGCACGCCUCCACUUUCUAA